CCCCCCACUGCCCCAGAACUGGACUCCUAGCCUCUAGAGUACUCUUUCGAGCUUUGACGAUGGAGCUGGCUUGUGCGAGCUCUUGUUCUCUCACAGCUAAAGCCGCUUGUUCUACCUCCUCUCGAGCUGAUGCUCGGCCGUAUCUCUGUCUCCGUACAAAUUCAGCUCGGGUUUCUGAUUCCCUUCCCAAAAUCGCAGGUUUUCGAUUGCAGGUUAAACCAGUCAGGCAACUGAGUUUGUCCCCUGCGGCUGUUGUUGGGGACAGAACAGCUACACCGAAUGACUGCUGUGGAGAGCAGUUAUCAUUUCCUGAUUCUUCUCGUGCCACAGCUGUUUGUGAAGGUUCAGAGAGAGAUGAUAAGGACAAGAAUGAAGAUGAUGGUGUUCAGGAGGUGGAUGAUCCUAAAAUGAAUCGAAUUUGUGACAAGCUAAUUGGGGUUUUUAUGGUUGACAAGCCCACUCCGACCGACUGGAGAAGGUUACUCGCUUUUAGCAAGGAAUGGGACAAUCUCCGGCCUCAUUUCUAUAAGCGAUGCCAGGACCGUGCAGAUAAUGAAGAUGAUCCUGGGAAGAAGCAUAGUCUUCUCCGGCUUGGUAGAAAACUUAAAGAGAUUGAUGAAGAUGUUCAAAGACAUAAUGAACUUCUUGAAGUGAUCAAGGGGGCACCAUUGGAGAUGAGUGAAAUUGUUGCCAGGCGCCGUAAAGAUUUUACGAAAGAAUUUUUCUUGCAUCUUCACACUGUAGCUGAAUCCUACUAUGAAGAUCCAACAGAGCAAAAUGCUUUGGCAAAACUUGGGAAUAUGUGCUUGGCUGCCGUAGAAGCAUAUGAUGCUGCAACUGAAAAUAUUCAAGCUCUGAAUGCGGCAGAGUUGAAGUUCCAGGACAUCCUCAAUUCUCCUUCUUUAGAUGUUGCUUGCAAGAAGAUAGACAAUUUGGCAGAGAAAAAUCAACUUGAUUCAGCAUUAGCACUAAUGGUCACAAAAGCUUGGUCAUCUGCCAAGGAGACAAACGUCACAAAAGGCGAGGUAAAGGACAUUCUGUAUCAUUUGUAUAUGGCUACAAGAAAUAACCUUCAGAAACAAAUGCCAAAAGAGAUGAGGAUAAUUAAGUAUCUUCUGACUAUUGAAGAUCCCGAGGAGCGAUUACAUUCGCUCAAGGAUGCAUUCACCCCAGGAGAAGAACUUGAAGGGGAAGACUUUGACUGCCUGUACACUACACCUGAGAAUCUCCACACUAUGAUAAAAGUUGUGGUGGAUGCUUACAAUUUCAGCCAGGGAGGCCUAUUGAGGGAAGCCAGGGACCUGAUGAAUCCUGAGAUCAUUAGAAAACUGGAGGACCUGAAGAAGGUUGUGGAAGACCAUUUCAUGUGAUGUAGAUCCUUGGUGACCAACCGGAGGCCCCCGUAUAAAUUUCUUAGAUGAAGUUGCAAAUUUACAGCCAUCAACAAAGAACUAGGACCUUUUAUCAGAAAGCAAAUAACUUGAGCUUGCCUACUGCUCCUAUCAUCGUGUGAUGCACGUAUGGUGGCGUAUGGAAGUUUCCGCAUUUUAGUUUCAAGUGUUUCCUUCAUCUCUGAAGUCUGAAGCAACUCCUGUAUUGCCUAUGGAGAUGUUGCAUAUCCUUGAGCCAAAUGUCUAAGCUACACUGAUAUUUUGCCAUUGCAGUUUUGGCCUUUGGACUGUCUUAGGGAACUCUCCUCCUCUUGUUUAAUAGGAUUAAAAGUACAU